AGGACAUUGAGCUCGCGCACGGUGGCGUCUCGACAAACGAUGACGCGUACUACAUGCAGAGACUCCACGACCAGCUCGAUGCGCAAGUACAAGCGUGGAAAGACGAAGCCGCAAAAGAAGCAGAGCGGGACAAGGCGACUGCGUCGCUGCCUCUGGAAGCGUCCAUUGACACAACCUUCGAGCCCGAGAGCAUGUGGCGGUCGACGCCGCCGACGCCGGAAGAAAUCUACCUCGACGACACAAGCAACGGUCUGUUUGACACGGAAGCCAUCUUGGACUUUACGGUGCUCGACGCGUGA